AUGUCCUCGGAUGCCGGCCCGGUGUCCUUCGCCCUCCUCCUUCUCCCGGAGUGGCGCAGUGAGGCGCGGGCACGGCGCCCCAGCCAGCGGCCGCAGGUGAGGCGGGGGCGGCGACAGCCCCAGCCCUCCCCGGUACCCCCGCCCUUACCUCGUCCUGGGUCGCCGGCGUCCAAGGAGAAGGGCGCCCACCCGGGAGGCGGCGGCGGUAGCGGUGGCUCCCGCCCCUCCCACCCCACCCGGCGGCGGCGGCGGUGUUGGUGGCGCUGGCGCCCCGCGGCCUGGCGGGGGCUGCGUUGGGGGUCCCUGGCCCGCGCCUCUCUCACCCCCCGAGAGGAUGCUGGCUGCAACUUGGAUCCGGGGAGGGAAGGUCCUGGAAGCCGAGCGCCUCCCGGCUAUUUGCUCUUCUUUAUUUGUUUUCUCCUCCCGGGAAGGAGGAGGAAAGCGCAGAGAAAAGGAAAGGGAAGGACGGAAGCAGCGCGGGCCGCUGCUCCGGUGCCCUCCGGCUGCGCAGGAGCGAGGCGGGAGGCGAGAUACUUCUCACUACAAAUCGGCUCUCUCCGGGGAUUAGCAGCUACACGAAAGUGCAUACUGGCGCUGCGGGCAGCCGAGGGGGCCGGGCAAAGCAGACACUCCCCGGCCCAGCCCCGCGCCUCCCUUGAGACCCUGGGGACGCGCAGGGGUCCCGCAGCCGGUAGGGUGACUUCACCCUCCUUCCUCCAGGAUCCUCCCCUUCCACGUGGGGCCCGCCACGUGGGGAAACGCGAGCUCUGGCGGGCCUCAGCACGGUCCCCCGGGUGGCCCCGGCUCGAUAAGGCCCCCACCACGCCCGCUCAGCCGACCUGCACUCUACUCGGCCCCGAGGCUCCAACUUCCUCCUGGGCCCCGAGCAGGCCACGGGUGCCGUCCCAGGCUCGUGAGGUCAGGCGCGGGCCGGCCACAGGGGGCACUUGCGAUCCCAGAUCCCAGAUCCGGGAGACCGUGCCAGGGAGGUAGCGCUGGCUGCGGGUGCGCGCGAAGACUGGUCUGUGUGCUGGAACUUGCCACGAUGUGUUCGCUGCGAGAAGCCAAAUGUUUUUACACACUUAGAAAUGUCUUUCUGUUGUCUGGAUGUCGCUGGGGCUAUUUUUAAAGCCUUGCCUUGGUCAAGUCAUCUACCUCUCUGAGGCCUUGCGGGCCUGGGGGUCGCGUGUGCGGUGCCCUUUCACGAUCACGAGUCCACAAGUGUCUCGGUGAAUUGCGAUUGGAAUCUGGACUCACAACGACGAUGGGGCACAGCGGCCGCCCAAGACUAGUCAGCAUCUGGGCUGGAUUCCUUGGCCAUGACUUGCGACAUCCCAGCGCUGUCCCCGGAAGGGAGCGGGCUCCUUGCGCUCAGGGACCCCAGGUUUCCCAGACUUUAAGAGCGCGGUUUCUGAGGACCCCUGUGGCGCUGAACAGAGCCCUUGGAUUCAAUUGUUUAACAAAAAAAAAAUCUUUGGGCUGCUUGCGACUGGUCUGAGAUGUUGGACUGUAUGAUCGAGAGAGAGUGUCCAAGGUCACAAUUUUGAAGACCACAGGGGCCACCAUUUAGAAAGCCACGUAGAGUGGUGUAGGUGGCCUCCUCCGGUCCUUUGCGACCAGAGAAAUUUAUAGCAGAGGUGGGCCUCUGUUGGAGGCCUCUGAGCCCUUGAACCCAUCGCUGUGCGUUCUGGAGAGCGCUGCCAUUCUCGGGCUUUAUCUCGGCCUGUUUGCUAAAACUGCACACCCAGAUACCGGCCGCGAAACUGGCAAUGUAAGGUUUCUAUGUUUUAUAGUCAAACUAUUCUGAAUGGCAAAGCGGAAUGGUCCCUCUCAAACACACCUUUUAUGAUAGUCACAUUCCCCCAAUAGGCCUGGGGCUGGUCUUGAUGUUCUGUGAAAGAAUUCACAGGUGUGCACCCGCCUCUGACCCAGUUGUCUCCGUCUUUCCAGGGAUUUGUGUUCUCAUAGAUUCCUCUUAAGAGUUUGCUUCUCCCCAGCAGCUUCACUCCAAGGCCAUGGGGCCCAGGACUCGCUUGCAAACUGACCUUGUCCAUGCCCGGGCUUUCUGUGUCACCAGUGUCUGCUUUCUAGUCCCAACUAUGAUAACUCCUGCUUUUUUGUUUCUCAUCUUUGCCCUUCGUAGCCCUCUAUUCUCACCAAGAAACCACAGUCAGCUGUCUUUUCCUGCAGCCUCAUUUUUAAUUCCUCUUUAGAAAAAUACUAUUGUGGGCCCUGCAGGAUGCCUCAGCCGGCAAAGGUGCUACCAAGCCAGAGGAUCUGAGUUUAAUCCUCAAGGGCUAGGUAAAGAUAGAAGGAAGGAGUAGACUAAGUUGUCUCAGACCCCUGCACAUGUACCACAUAUCACAAUAAAAAACCACUACCCUCUUUCUUAUGAACUCAGAACUAAAAAUUAUUUCGAAAUUCAGCCUGACCACCUGCAUUUUAAAAUGGAGCCCAGGCCUGGGGGUGUAGCACAGUAGGUAGAACACUUGACUGGCAUAUAUGAAGUCGUUGGUUCAUCUCUUGCUCCUGUAAACAGGGGAAUCUGGCAACCACCCAGGUAAGGUUGCACUGCUAAUGCUUUGGGGCUGGCAAGAUGGCUCAGUGGGUAAAGCACUUGGCCCCAAGCCUGACAACCCAGAAAGAGCAAACUGACUUCCUCAGGUUGUCCUCUCAACUCCAUACAGGUAGCAUUAAAUGCAUGCACACAAAAUAAGAAUGAGUACACUAACCUGUUUAAGAAAGUAACUGUAGCUACCAUCAACAUUUGAAUUGGUUCAGACUCUGUCCAUUUCUCAAAAGAUGUCGAAUAUAAACAAUAAAACCCCAGGGCUGGAAAGAU